ACUCUGGCAUAAAAAUUAGUUACAUGAUGUUACUGUAGAUUGUAGAAGCUUUUGCUUCACCUAUCUCCACUAAAUCCAAAAAGCAUCAUCCUCCAAACCAAACCAGAACCCUAACCGUUCUUCUUCUGUCUCUCAUAUAUCAUCAUCAUUCAGUCAUUCACUCACACUCCAAACAAUCAAUAAAUUGUAUAUUGUAAGUAAUUCUGCAUAAAUCACUCACUAUGGAAGAUAUCUACACCUUCCAGUUCCACUCCAUAUCCAAUCACACUCCUUCUUCUUCACAAACUACCCUAAUUCCACUACCGAACCACCACCGGACGUUUUACAGCUCCGAUCAUCCAUUUCCGGCCACAACUGAAGCGGUUAUCGUCACGCCUGAUCAGAUUCUUCAUCAGAGUAACCGGCAACGUGAUCCGAAUAGAUCAAACGAUGCCGGUGUUGGAUAUAAUAAUCAUGUUGAUGCUUGUGCUUGUGGUGAUACGAUCAAAAUGAAAAUCGCUUCUCAUCCUUUGUAUCCGAAGCUGCUAGACGCAUAUAUCGAUUGUCAAAAGUUAGGUGCGCCACCGGAAAUAGCAGGUUUUCUAGAAGAAAUCCGUUGGGGAAACGGUGGUUGUAAUCGAAACGCCGUCGUUUCAUCUUGCAUAGGAGCAGAUCCUGAGCUUGAUGAAUUUAUGGAGACAUACAGGCAAGUGUUAGUGAAAUUUAAGUCCGAUCUGGCCAGGCCUUUUGAUGAAGCUACUGUUUUUCUCAAGAAUAUUGAAACACAGCUUAGUUUUAUAAGUAAAGAUGAUGGGACAAUAUCAUCUGAUGAAGAAUUUAGUGGAGGUGAAAAUGAAAACACACAAAUGACCAGAAGAGAAGAUCAGGAACUAAAAGAUACACUAUUGAGAAAAUUUGGUGGUCAUAUAAGUUCCCUUAAACAUGAAUUCUCAAAGAAGAAAAAGAAAGGAAAGUUGCCAAAUGAAGCAAGGAAAACAUUGCUUCAAUGGUGGGAUUCUCAUUACAAAUGGCCUUACCCUACGGAAGCCGAUAAAAUAUCGUUGGCGGAGUCAACAGGUCUAGAUCAAAAACAAAUCAAUAACUGGUUUAUAAACCAAAGGAAGCGACACUGGAAGCCGUCUGAAGACAUGCAGCUAGCCAUAAUGGGUGGUUUUUCCGGUCAUGAUUUUUAUGACGAUUGAAACAUCUGCACACAGUUAGUUUCAUGCUUUUAUAAAGGCAUGUAUAUUUAUACAGAAACUGUAAUAACUUUAUAAUUAUAAUAAUAAUAAUAAUUCAGUGGUUACA